AGGAAGAAAAUAUAGCACUCCGCCUAAUAAAGCAACAUUCAGACAUCGAAGAACCAGAAAGCAGUCCAGCAUCACCUGAGGAACCUUUCACUGGUCAUACUGGAACCACUGGAAGAGCAUACUUUGAUGAACCUGGUUACGUGAACGGAGGAGCUAGGGAUUCAGACCCUUACGUGAGGAACAGGUUCAACCAGGCUGCAUCAGACAAUCUACCCAGUAAUAGACCAGUGCCUGAUACAAGGAAUGCUAUGUGUCGACUAAAGAAAUACGACGAUGACUUGCCGCAGACCAGCAUCAUUAUCACAUUCCACAACGAAGCCAGAUCCACACUACUGAGGACCAUCGUCAGUGUUCUAAAUAGGAGUCCGGAGCAUCUGAUUAAAGAAAUUAUCCUGGUUGACGACUUCAGUGAUAACCCCGAGGAUGGGGCAGCUCUCCGCGCGAUCCGUAAGGUUAAGGUGAUUCGGAACUCGAAACGCGAGGGUCUGAUGAGGUCCAGGGUCCGAGGAGCUGAUGCUGCAGUGGCUCCUGUGCUCACCUUCCUGGACUCCCACGUGGAGUGCAACGUGCAUUGGCUGGAACCGCUGUUGCAGAGGGUGAAAGAGGAUCCAACUCGAGUAGUCUGCCCAGUGAUCGAUGUCAUCAGUAUGGAUACAUUCCAGUACAUCGGUGCGUCGGCGGACCUGCGCGGCGGGUUCGAUUGGAACCUGGUUUUCAAGUGGGAAUACCUAGGCCACGCUGAACGUAGCGCUCGGCUGAGUGACCCCACCCAGGUGAUCCGGACUCCGAUGAUCGCUGGGGGGCUGUUCAGCAUGGACCGCAAGUACUUCAGCAAGCUUGGCAAGUAUGACAUGAAGAUGGACGUCUGGGGAGGAGAGAAUUUGGAGAUCUCGUUUAGACUGCAACCGAAACUGACGCCAAUCAUCAAGAAACCUAAUUAUGAAAUUCAACUUGUAACAGAAAUAUCCUAUCAUUCCAGGGUUUGGCAAUGCGGUGGCUCCUUGGAGAUUGUUCCAUGCUCUCGAGUGGGCCACGUCUUCAGGAAGCGACACCCCUACACCUUCCCUGGUGGAUCUGGAGCAGUCUUCGCUAGGAACACGAGGAGAGCUGCUGAAGUGUGGAUGGAUGAUUAUAAGGAGCUAUAUUAUCGGUCUCAGCCGUUGGCCAAGCAAGUUGAUUAUGGAGACAUAUCAGAACGAGUGGAUCUUCGUCAGAAGCUUCACUGCAAACCUUUCCGUUGGUACCUAGAACACGUGUAUCCAGAACUGCAAGUACCAGCGCUGAAAGAAGCUUCUCAUGUCAUCAAACAAGGAGUCAGGUGUCUAGAUACCAUGGGACAUCUUGUUGAUGGGAGCUUAGGCCUGUACCCCUGCCACUACACAGGUGGCAACCAAGAAUGGCGUUUCGAAAACGGUCUCAUCCGUCACCAUCGUCUCUGCGUCUCGCUCUCAUCAGAAGACCGCGUCACCGCAGUCCUGGCUGCCUGCGACCCUACAGAUGAUGCACAAAUUUGGCGACGACAGGGACCUUUGAUCAGACAUGCCAAACUCGACGCAUGCCUCGACACAGCAAGACCAGCCCUCUACAUAGAACAAUGUGAUGAAGACAAACCCAGCCAACAGUUCAGUUUUUAAAGAAAGACAGUAAUAGAAAGAAUGAGAUCAAAACUAGUGAAGAAACAUCUCCAUUACAGGAGAUGCGGAUAAAAACAGAUAAUACAACAGAAGAACCACACGUUCUUCUGUACCUACAUUUAAAGAGAAGAAUUUGUUCUCAGUUUCAACACACACAAUUACAAAACUGUAGAUUCGGUAAGUAUUUCCGCAGAAUCAAUUGCAGCUGAGAAUAUUACACGAAGAAGAAGAAACAAGGACAUGAGAAUAGAGGGAGUAAUGAAAGGGAUAGUGAUCUAAACAUUAUCAGGGAUAUAGUCACAAAUAAGACUUGUAAUACUUCGCUUUACACCACAUUAGCUUCGGUACGACAGUACCCCUAGUAUUAGGGCACCGUAAUCUUCCUC